UCUCCGCGCGGUCCCGGCUUCGCGGCUCGGCCUUCCGCUGCGCUCGGCUCCCGCAGGCGCUCGGCCCCGCGCCCCUCGGCCCCUGCCCCGCCGGUUGGACAGGGAAAUGCCCAUGGCUGGGCCCGCCACCCACGUUGCCCCCAUGCUGUUCCUCGCCCUCCUCCUGCUACUGGAGCUGAGCCUGGCAGUCUCCCUGGGACCCGGAAGCUCUGCUCGGAACCUCCCGGAGAAUCACAUCGACCUCCUGGGCCCAGAACUGUGGACGCCCCAGACCAGCCACCACCGCCGGCAGGGCCUGGGCAAGAAGGAGCGUGACCCAGGCACACCUGGCCGGGCCCAGGAUGGGGCUGUGGUUGCCACCACCAGGCAGGCCUCCAGGCUGCCAGGGGCAGGGGGGCUGCUGCCUGGGCAGAGUCCUGCAGGCCUGCUGCAGGACAAGGAUCUGCUCCUGGGGCUGACACUGCCCUACCCCGAGAAGCAGAGCCGGUCUCCAGGGUCAGAGAGGGUGAAGAAACGAGGCAGGGAGCACAAGAGACGUAAGGAGAGGUUGAAACUGCACAGAGGCCGAGCCUUGGUCAGAGGUCCCAGCUCCCUGAUGAAGAAGGUGGAGCUGUCAGAAGACCAGGCCCCAGAUGCCGCGAUGGAGGAAUCCUCCACCAGCCUGGCCCCCACCAUACUCUACCUCACCACCUUUAAGGCAGCACCUGCCACAGAAGAGUCCCUGAUCCUGCCCGUCACAUCCCUGUGGCCCCAGGCUCAUCCCAGGCCCGACGGGGAGGUGAUGCCCACACUGGACAUGGCCUUGUUUGACUGGACCGAUUAUGAAGACUUAAAGCCUGAGGUCUGGCCGUCUACGAAGAAGAAAGAGAAACACCGGGGCAAACUCUCCAGUGAUGGGAACGAAACAUCACCGGCUGAAGGGGAGCCCUGCGACCAUCACCAGGACUGCCUGCCAGGGACCUGCUGCGACCUCCGGGAGCACCUCUGCACGCCCCACAACCGAGGCCUGAACAACAAAUGCUUUGACGACUGCAUGUGUGUGGAAGGGCUGCGCUGCUACGUCAAAUUCCACCGGAACCGCAGGGUCACCCGGAGAAAGGGGCGCUGCGUGGAGCCCGAAACGGCCAACGGCGACCAGGGAUCUUUCAUCAACGUCUAGCGGGCCGCGUGAGGCGCCUCCCUACCGGCCAGGGGACUGAGCGCGGGAGGUUUGGAGAAGCCGGGCAGUUUGUUUAUAACUCGCGGUGGCAGAUCAAAUGGGGAGGCAGAUGACUGAGGCUGCAGGCUCAGACCCAGGACACUCAGCCCCAGGAGGGGAGCCCUGGGCGAACUGCCCCCGCCCAGGAGCCGAGCAGCAGCACACCUGCAGCCACCCCCUGGCCAAUGGGAGACCCACACCGCCAGCGCAUCCCGGUGUCCGCGUUCUCCGCGAUGGCAAUGUCGAGAGCACCCUCUAGCGUCCGGCCGCAGCACUGCAAUUGUUUCAAGUUUAAAAAGGAAGAGGUUUUCGAGCUGGAAAAGAAUGGAAACUCCCUGAGAGAUAGGGGAACCCAAGGGCGGGAGACGAGUACGAAGCACCUCCUAUGUACCAGGCACUGUGCUAAAUGAAGGGCAUACAUUAUCUCAUUUGUCACAUGGCCCUUUAAAGUAGGCAUAAUCACCAUUUUACAGGGGAGGAAACUGAGGCAAGGUUUUAUGACUUGUCCAGGGUCCCACAUCAAUUCUCCUCAAACCUUCACCUGUGUAAGAAUCCCCAGGGAUCUGGUUAAAAUGCAGAUUCCAAUUCAGUCGAUUCUGCAUUUCUAACAAGCUUUAGGGCAUGCCAAUGCUGCUGGACCCAAGACCCCACUGAAAGCACCAGGUCCUGGAGACUCAGGGUGAAGCUGGCAUCUGAACCUGGGUCCGACCAGCUCCAAGGCCCACGUCUUUGCUCCUCCACAACUAAGGACGCAUUUCAGGUUCUCCACGGCUUUCGGUGAGAGAGACGUGUUCUCUAGUAGUUCCUUUCACUGUGGUGAAGGCUGGAAUAACCGACUCUUCUCUUCUUUCCCUGGACAAAGGUAUAUAAUUUAAAA